GCGUAUUGGAUGAUUCUCCUUUCCCCCUCCCCGCGGGGUGAGGCCGGGGGGAGGAGGCACCGGGCCCGUACAGUGAAUCACGAAAGGCCGGGGACCGAGGCCUGAGAAGAGGCCUUAGCACGGGGAGAGGCGGUUCACAGAACAGGCAGCAAGAUGAUGCGGUUCAUGCUGCUGUUUAGCCGGCAGGGGAAGCUGCGCCUGCAGAAGUGGUACGUGGCCACCUCCGAGAGGGAGAAGAAGAAGCUGGUGCGGGACCUGAUGCAGACCGUGCUCAGCCGCAAGCCCAAGAUGUGCAGCUUCCUGGAGUGGAAGGAUCUCAAGGUGGUGUACAAGAGAUACGCCAGUCUGUAUUUCUGCUGUGCCGUGGAAGAUCAGGAUAACGAGCUGCUGACCCUGGAGCUGAUCCACCGAUACGUGGAGCUACUAGACAAGUACUUCGGCAGCGUGUGCGAGCUGGACAUCAUAUUUAACUUCGAGAAGGCUUAUUUCAUCCUGGACGAGUUCCUGAUGGGGGGCGAAAUCCAAGACACAUCCAAGAAGAGCGUCCUGAAGGCGAUCGAGCAGUCAGACAUGCUCCAGGAGGAGGAUGAGUCGCCGCGUAGCGUUCUAGAAGAGAUGGGACUGGCUUGAUACUCAGAGGACUCCUUCCACGUUUUUUUGACCAACCCCCUUUUUACAUUUCCCGAUACACCCCACCAUUCCGCCUUCCUCUUUUACAAUCACUGCAAGACCUCCCUCGUCUCCAGCACGCCCGCACACACCGCCGUAGCUAUGUGUCUGUAUGUGCGUCGCUGCUCGUGUCUUCUUUCUACAGUUUCCAGGUGAACACGAAAAAAGGGACCAAUCGCACUUUCUCAAUCACCCCUCACCCGCCCCUUGAAACGCGUAGAGACUAAUAAUUUAUCUUUUAUUUUUUGUACACGGUCCGUCGCGGCACACCGUACAGUUUUUUUGAUUUUUAUUUUUGCACACUUUCGGUGAUGGGCUGUUUCUGCUUUGAAUCUCUCACUCGCUGACUUCUAAGUCUGCACCGUAGGAGGAUAGUCUCGACCACCGUGAAUCAUUCCCCCUCCCCCCCCCCUCAGUGUCCAUUACAAGGACUCAACACCCCUUUUCCUUCCCACCACCACAACCGCACGAACUUCCGGAAUAAAACAUAAAUGCUGCUAACUUACCUCCGCUCCAGUUUCUAUUAGUACAUCAAGACUUGUAUAGGUUUCCUGGGUAUUAAAACUGGUUGGGGGCAUCUGCGAAGAUAUUUAGGGGGGCGUGAAUAUGUUUCGGUAAUAGAUAUUCACUACAUUUUAGCAGAUUAAAAAAUAAAAAAAUAAAAAAAUCUGGAAACUGUCAGCAAGCUGUGUCUUGAGUAGCCUAAAAUGUAACUCUGACACCCACAAAGGGUCCACAGUGUAAAUCCCCAUUCAUAUUUUCCCACCCAAUUGAAAUCCCCCCCCCAAAAAAGUUCACAACACUUUUUUUGGUAAAUCUGUGACCGAGAGGGAAUAGCAGAUCUGUGAACAGCAACUUGUUGAUGGUUUCCAGUUACAAAUUUAUAUUUUUAGAACUUCACCAACAUUAAGCUGCGAUUAUAUGUUACAAAAAUACAGAAUGUUUCAUUCCGUAGGAUGAAUGGAGAGACGCAGUAAAAAUAUUAGAUCCGUCAGUAACUGCUUUUUGAUGGUUUCCAGUUGGGAACCUCUCUUUUCACUUACCGUUCUCUGAAUCUGUAUUGACUGCUGUGACUAUGUUACCACCAUAUUUGCACUAGUGUUAACACAUGAUCCACUACCUGUAAUUUCGUAAAUGCAAAAUUAAAGACGUUUGAUUGUUUGCUGAGA